CGCUGACCGCCCGCCGCGCCGCCUCCCGCCCGCCACGUUUAGCCGCCAAAUUUGAAAUCCGAACGCGAAGUCAAAUUAGCAAAAAGUUUUUCGCAGUCAAGGACGAACUUUUUUGAUGCAGUGAUUUGGAUUGAGGUUUUAUUUCAAACAUAAAUAUAGACGAUUUUAAAGUUUUGUUAUAACGAAAUUUAAGUGAGUGGAGAGAGUUCGUUUAAAAACAAAAUGUGAUUGUAGUAAAUAUUUAAAAAGACCUAAGUAAGAAUACUUGCUGGACUAGUACAAAGUGACAUCUUGAUUUAUGAAAUCACUAGCCGAGGCAGAAGUGGCAGGGGAGAUGACCUCGGGGGGAGCGGCCCGGGUCUCGGGCUGAGCUAUGGCGCGCUCUCGCCUCGUCGCCUGUCUCUUUACGGCACAUUUUCUCUGCUGCAUCAAUGUGUGCAUGCCGGACGGAGGGGAGAGCCGGCCGCGCGACCAGAGUACGGUCUCCGAGUCGUCCAAGCGGUUCCGAGCGGAGUUCCUGGAGGACUGGCCGCAGCUCCCAGGGGAGCCCUACUUCGACCCGACCACCCCCGUCAACGUCACCGGCCUCGUCGGACACCCCGUCACGCUGCUGUGCAAAGUGAAGAACUUGCAGAAUAGAACGGUAUCAUGGGUGCGGCACCGCGACAUCCACCUGCUGACGGUGGGGCGCUACACGUACACCUCGGACCAGCGCUUCGAGGCGCAGCACAAGCCGCGCAGCGAGGAGUGGGCGCUGCGCAUCCGCAGCCCGCAGCGCCGCGACUCCGGCCAGUACGAGUGCCAGAUAUCCACCACGCCGCCCAUAGGCCACGCGGUCUACCUCAACAUUGUCGAACCAGAAACGGAGAUCCUUGGUGGGCCUGACCUGUUCAUCUACGCGGGGUCCACGAUAAACUUGACAUGUAUCGUGAGGCACACUCCCGAGCCCCCCACCUCCAUCACCUGGACACAUCGAGGGAAGGCGAUUAACUUCGACUCGACCCGUGGGGGCAUCUCGCUGGUGACAGAGAAGGGCACCCACAGCAGCAGCCGUCUGCUGGUGCAGUCGGCGCGGACCUCGGACGCCGGCGCCUACGUGUGUGGGCCUGACAACGCGCAGACCGCCACGGCUAAGGUCCAUGUGCUUACUGGAGAGACCCCGGCGGCCAUGCAGGGGCGCGGGCAGCAGUGGGCGGCGCGCUGGCAGCUCUCGGCACUUCUACUCAUUGUGUGGUCCACGUACACACAUAUAGCGGACAUCACACUUUAUUGUCACUCUUAGAAAUAUUCUUAUCUAUCUUACUAUAAGUAUAAGUACAAUAUCUGUAUGAUUUUUUCAACAAUAAAAUAAAUGAAAUAAGUUGUGGUUGACUCCUGAUAUGGUAAGGUCUUAUAUUUGUUCUUCUUUCUUUAUAUAUUUCAGUUCUUACACCAGAUUGUUUGAGUUAAACUUUGUUUAAAAUACUUUAGGUACAUAAAUACUUUGAAUCAUUGAAAUUUAAUUGGAUUGAAGAAGUGGUGCAUUUUAUUACAGACCCUCAUAAAUAUUAUUAAUUAUAAGAAAUAUCUAAAUUGCGAAUUGACCAAACACAAAAUCUUUAUGCAACAAAAGGGCGUUUAAGAUUUCAGACAAAGUGCCAGUAAUAGUUAAAUUAAAUAAGAACUUGAUCUUACAUAAUAUUCUCUUCCAUUCACGAUCUAAAUAAGUCUUACGAGACCGACUUCUAUCCCGGUCUGUAGUGACGGACUCCAAUUUUCCACUACAUUAACAACACAAGACAGUAUUAUGGACAUACAUACCCACUUAUAAGACGAACGAGUAUACUGUCCUUACAUAUUGCGUCGUAAAAGUUAGUUAAAAUGAAACUUGUACCACGACAAAUAGUAUAUUUUAGUAGAGAGUAACCAACGAAGCACAAACGAAACAAAAUAUUACUGGCUGCUUUUGUUAAUAUAUAUCGGUAUAUUAAUAUUUUUGUGUUGAUGAUUGAUCCAGAUGAUACAUUAAAAUUCAAGAUGGCUUAAAACUUUUAUGCAAAUGUUUUUUUUAAACUUCUACUUAGAUAUAAGUUUAUAUAAUUGUAAAUAUAAUAGAUUUAAUUCAUACUAUUUAAUACAAUAACUAAUAAGCUAAUACUAUGAGAAACAUCGAUUACAUUGUGCAUUGAUUCCAUCAUAUUGUAAUAAACCUAUAA